AUGGCGCUCCGGUCAAUAAAAUCGAUAGCUGGAAGCUGCCUGUGUUCCAGGCAAAGGCGGUGCAACAGCAGCGCCGCCAUUUUCCCCGAAGGCAUCUUCCGGUGCCUUUCACCCAAGUUCGGGCAGGAGUUUCCUGAAUAACAGCGAAAGGUUUCCAUUAGCCCCGCAGGCGGCCGAGUCCGAUUCCCGCCGGGCCUCCCCGGCCACGCUCAGCCCUGGUCCGGCUCCUAAACCCCGGAGUCCGCCCGCGCCCAGGGUCCGAGGUCGGGACGGGGAAGGCCGUGGCGCCGGCUUCUCGGGUCCAAUGGCGCCGCCUUCGGCUCCGCUCUCCGCGCGGGGACCAGGAGAAGCCGGGCCCAGUCGGAGAAGGGGAAGGAGGCCGAGGGCCGUGAGGUUCGCGGACGUGGCCGUGUACUUCUCCCCGGAGGAGUGGGGGUGUCUGCGGCCCGCGCAGAGGGCCCUGUACCGGGACGUGAUGCGCGAGACCUACGGCCACCUGGGCGCGCUCGGGUGCGCAGGUCCCAAACCAUCUCUCAUCUCCUGGUUGGAACGAAAUACAGAUGAUUGGGAACCGGCUGCCCUGGAUCCGCAGGAGUAUCCGAGACGGGUAACAGUCCAGAGAAAAACCAGAACCAGAAAGAAGAAUGGGGAGAAGGAAGUAUUCCCACCGAAGGAGGCACCCCGAAAGGGGAAACGGGGGCGGCGGCCCAGCAAACCCCGACUGAUCCCCAGGCAGACGUCCGGUGGCCCCAUCUGCCCUGACUGUGGCUGUACUUUCCCUGAUCACCCGGCCCUGGAGAGCCACAAGUGUGCCCAGAAUCUGAAAAAGCCUUACCCUUGCCCAGACUGUGGGCGCCGCUUUUCCUACCCAUCCCUGCUGGUCAGCCACCGGCGAGCGCAUUCUGGUGAGUGCCCCUAUGUUUGUGAUCAGUGUGGCAAACGUUUCUCCCAGCGCAAGAACCUCUCCCAGCACCAGGUUAUCCAUACAGGCGAGAAGCCCUACCACUGCCCUGACUGUGGCCGCUGCUUCCGGAGGAGCCGGUCUUUGGCCAAUCACCGGACCACGCACACGGGUGAGAAACCCCACCAGUGCCCUAGCUGCGGGCGUCGCUUCGCCUACCCCUCCUUGCUAGCCAUCCACCAGCGCACACACACGGGAGAGAAGCCCUACACCUGCCUGGAGUGCAACCGCCGCUUCCGCCAGCGCACUGCCCUGGUCAUCCACCAGCGCAUCCACACUGGCGAGAAGCCCUACCCGUGUCCAGACUGUGAGCGACGUUUCUCCUCAUCCUCUCGCCUGGUCAGUCACCGGCGUGUGCACUCUGGGGAGCGUCCCUACGCCUGCGAGCACUGCGAGGCCCGCUUCUCCCAGCGCAGCACGCUGCUCCAGCACCAGCUCUUGCACACAGGGGAGAAGCCCUACCCCUGCCCAGACUGUGGACGUGCCUUCCGGCGGAGCGGCUCCCUGGCCAUACAUCGCAGCACACACACCGAGGAGAAGCUGCAUGCCUGUGAAGACUGUGGUCGCCGCUUCGCCUACCCCUCACUGCUAGCCAGCCACCGGCGUGUGCACUCAGGCGAGCGGCCCUAUGCCUGCGACCUUUGCUCCAAGCGCUUUGCCCAGUGGAGCCACCUAGCUCAGCACCAGCUCCUGCACACUGGGGAGAAGCCUUUCCCCUGCCUUGAGUGUGGCCGAUGCUUCCGCCAGAGGUGGUCUCUGGCCGUCCACAAGUGUAUCCCCAAGGCCCAAAACUGUGGCCCUAGAUCUGCUAUCGGGGGGCCCAGCCAGAGAGGCAGUGUUCUUUAGAAUGGGAAGGACUGUAUAAGUUCAUUUCAUUUCAUGGAGGGGCCCAGGAAAGAGAAGGAAAAAAAAGACUUAGGUCAUACGGAGCAGAGUCAGAAUAAAACCCAGGUCUCCUGCUCCACUGGCCUGAACUUGAGUAUAUUCCACCGCAAUGACUGCCUUACUGUGCGUGUCUAACAACAGUCCUAUUAGGAGAGGUGACAUCAUGUCGUUAAGGUUUACCAGGCUACCCUAUCCUAAAAUAAUUUGUGUAUGUGGAUGUCAAAGCUAAAAGUUCUCCCCAUCUAUUUUAGGGGCUGUCUGCUUUUCUAGUUAGUGCAUAUGGGGAUUACCUGUCCCCUUGCCUGCAGUCGGGAGAAUCCCAUCUGUAGAGGGCAGGACCUUCCCCUACUCUGCCUCUUCCUCCAUACCAAGUUGGAAAAACCUGGUUUAGGGCCGAGCCCGUGGUGCACUCGGGAGAGUGCGGCGCUGGGAGCGCAGCAGUGCUCCCGCCGCGGGU